CAAACUGGACAAAGCAGUUGACUGGAUCUUGAAACAUGUCUCAAAAUUAGUCUAGUGGGCUGCAUCUACCUUGUCCCCCCUUUUAAAAGAGAAUAAAUGGGCUGUUUGAGAAGAGAGUUCUAUUAAAAGGAGAGUCUCUCAAAUGGCUUCAGAACCUCUGAGUGCAAAACAAGUAAGGAAUCACGCCACAAAGGGGAAAAGGCAGCAGCCCCAGCAGAUAAAGAGCAGAUCUUCGCUUAGUGAUGGUGACGGGGAUGACUCCUUUACCUUUGAAGCAAAUGAAGCGUGGAAGGAUUUUCAUAGCUCUCUCCUUCGAUUUUAUGAAAAUGGAGAACUCUGUGAUGUUACACUAAAGGUUGGAUCAAAGCUAAUCUCUUGUCACAAGCUGGUAUUGGCUUGUGUCAUUCCCUACUUCAGAGCUAUGUUUCUCUCAGAAAUGGCUGAAGCCAAGCAAACACUGAUUGAAAUCAGAGAUUUUGAUGGUGAUGCAAUAGAAGAUUUGGUAAAGUUUGUCUAUUCUUCGCGGCUCACUUUGACUGUCGACAACGUCCAGCCUCUCUUAUAUGCAGCCUGCAUUCUGCAGGUUGAACUGGUAGCUCGAGCUUGCUGUGAAUACAUGAAGUUACAUUUUCAUCCAUCUAAUUGCCUGGCAGUAAGAGCUUUCGCAGAAAGUCACAAUCGCAUAGACUUAAUGGACAUGGCGGAUCAGUAUGCCUGCGAGCAUUUUACUGAAGUAGUGGAGUGUGAAGACUUUGUAAGUGUGUCACCCCAGCACCUCCAUAAGCUUUUGUCUUCCAGUGAUUUAAAUAUUGAGAGUGAAAAGCUGGUCUAUAGUGCAGCCAUCAAAUGGCUUCUUGCUAAUCCUCAGCAUCAUUCCAAAUGGUUGGAUGAAACACUUGCACAGGUUCGUCUGCCAUUGUUGCCAGUUGACUUUCUUAUGGGUGUUGUGGCAAAAGAACAGAUUGUCAAACAAAAUCUAAAAUGCAGAGAUUUAUUGGAUGAAGCGAGAAAUUACCACCUUCACUUGAGUAGCAGAGCUGUACCUGACUUUGAAUAUUCUAUUCGGACAACACCAAGAAAGCAUACCGCUGGUGUACUGUUCUGUGUAGGAGGUCGAGGUGGAUCUGGUGACCCCUUUCGCAGUAUUGAAUGCUAUUCUAUCAACAAGAAUAGUUGGUUCUUUGGACCAGAAAUGAAUAGUCGAAGGCGUCAUGUCGGUGUCAUUUCUGUUGAAGGUAAAGUGUAUGCAGUAGGUGGACAUGAUGGAAAUGAACAUUUAGGUUCCAUGGAGAUGUUUGAUCCACUGACCAAUAAGUGGAUGAUGAAGGCAUCUAUGAACACAAAGAGGCGUGGAAUUGCCUUGGCUUCCCUGGGAGGCCCAAUUUAUGCAAUUGGAGGGUUAGAUGACAACACUUGCUUCAACGAUGUGGAGAGAUACGAUAUAGAAUCUGAUCAGUGGAGUACAGUGGCACCGAUGAAUACGCCCCGAGGAGGUGUUGGCUCUGUGGCUCUGGUCAACCAUGUGUAUGCAGUUGGUGGCAAUGAUGGAGUAGCUUCGUUAUCUAGUGUGGAGAGGUAUGAUCCACAUCUGGAUAAGUGGAUAGAAGUUAAAGAAAUGGGUCAGCGAAGAGCAGGCAAUGGCGUUAGUGAGCUACAUGGUUCCUUAUAUGUUGUUGGUGGUUUUGAUGAUAAUUCUCCUCUGAGUUCCGUUGAGCGGUAUGACCCUCGAAGCAACAAGUGGGAUUAUGUGGCAGCACUUACCACCCCCAGGGGUGGAGUGGGCAUCGCAACGGUGAUGGGGAAAAUCUUUGCAGUUGGUGGUCAUAACGGCAAUGCGUACCUCAAUACAGUGGAAGCGUUUGAUCCAGUGAUGAACAGGUGGGAGCUGGUUGGAUCUGUGUCCCACUGCAGAGCGGGUGCAGGUGUGACCGUGUGCGCCUGUCUGACAAGUCAGAUCCGUGAUGUAGGUCACGGCUCCAGUAAUGUGGUUGACUGUAUGUGA